AUGAAACAGCUUUCGACAAAAGUGACAAGCAAUGGUCAUGGACAAGACUCAUCCUAUUUUUUGGGAUGGGAAGAGUACGAGAAGAAUCCUUACGACGAGAUCCAAAAUCCUAAUGGAAUGAUCCAGAUGGGUCUUGCCGAAAAUCAGCUAUGUUUCGACCUAAUCGAGUCAUGGUUAGCUAAAAACCCAGACGCAGCUAGUCUAAAGAGGAACGGUCAAUCCAUUUUCAGAGAGCUUGCUCUCUUUCAAGACUAUCACGGCAUGCCUGAAUUCAAAAAAGCUAUGGCUGAUUUUAUGGAAGAGAUAAGAGGAAACAGAGUAACGUUCGAUCCGAAAAAGAUUGUUUUAGCAGCUGGUUCUACCUCUGCAAACGAAACUCUCAUGUUUUGUCUCGCAGAGCCAGGCGAUGCUUUCCUUUUGCCUACUCCUUACUAUCCUGGAUUUGAUAGAGAUCUUAAAUGGAGAACCGGAGCUGAGAUUGUGCCAAUUCAUUGCUCAAGCUCUAAUGGCUUCCAAAUCACGGAAUCAGCUCUGCAACAAGCUUACCAACAAGCCCAGAAACUUGAUCUCAAAGUCAAAGGAGUUCUUGUCACGAAUCCAUCUAACCCACUUGGCACUGCGUUGACCAGACGUGAACUUAACCUUCUCGUUGAGUUCAUCACUUCCAAGAACAUCCAUCUCAUUAGCGACGAGAUCUACUCAGGCACUAUGUACGGGUUUGAACAGUUCAUAAGCGUAAUGGAUGUCUUGAAAGACAAGAAACUAGAGAACACCGAGGUUUCGAAACGAGUCCACGUCGUUUAUAGCCUUUCAAAAGAUUUGGGACUUCCUGGUUUCCGCGUGGGAGCGAUCUACUCCAACGAUGAAAUGAUCGUUUCCGCGGCUACUAAAAUGUCAAGCUUCGGUCUUGUUUCUUCUCAAACACAAUACCUUCUUUCUGCAUUGCUCUCAGACAAGAAGUUCACAAGCCAAUACCUCGAAGAGAACCAGAAACGCCUCAAGUCCAGACAGAAACGCCUCGUGUCUGGUCUUGAGUCCGCGGGGAUCACUUGCCUGCGAAGCAACGCGGGGUUAUUCUGUUGGGUCGACAUGAGACACCUCUUGGACACAAACACAUUCGAAGCUGAGCUUGACCUCUGGAAAAAGAUUGUUUACAACGUGAAACUAAACAUCUCGCCCGGUUCGUCCUGUCACUGCACCGAACCGGGUUGGUUUAGGGUCUGUUUCGCUAAUUUGAGCGAGGAUACACUCGAUUUGGCCUUGAAGCGGCUCAAAACUUUCGUAGAGUCCACAGACUGUGGACGGAUGAUAUCAAGAAGCAGCCAUGAAAGGCUCAAGAGUUUGAGGAAGAAGACAGUCUCUAACUGGGUUUUCCGGGUUUCAUGGUCCGACCGUGUACCUGAUGAGCGAUGA